GUUUCAUUGUGACAAUUCAAUUCAAUAAACAUGCUUUAUUUACUUGUAUCUUUUGAUGCUAACGUAUAGAAAAGAACAAAUUGCCAAUAAUAUUCUAUUCGGCGGUAUUCGAAACAAAAAAGACAAACAAUAAAAGUGACUAUGGAAAUAGAUACGAACCCAACCGAAUAUAGUGAUGUUUUAUUACGUCCUAUGAAUUGCCGAUUAAAUCCUCAUACACGAUCCGAUGGUUCAGCAAUGCUAACACAAGGGGAUACGGCGGUGACAGUAACUGUAAGCGGUCCCAUGGAAGUGAAAUUGCACAAUCUACAAAUUGACAAGGCUCAUGUGGAGGUGUACUAUCGCUCAAAAUCCGGUCUACCCAGUAUUGCCGAUAAGUUACGCGAAAAAAUCAUCCGAGACACUUGUGAAUCGGCGCUCCUCACUGUACUCUAUCCAAGAUCAUCGAUAUUUUUGCAAAUCCAUGAAAUGGAAAAUGCUGGCGGUUUGCUUGCCUGUGCGGUGAAUGCUUCCUGUUUGGCACUUUUAAAUAGUGGAUUAUCAAUGAAAUCACUUUUGGCUGGUGUACAUUGUGCAAUUAAUAGCGACAAUGAACUAGUAUUGGAUCCCGAUCAAUUAGUUUGCGAACAUGCUGUUGCAAGUCUAACAUUUGUAUUUGAAAGCAUAAAUCGGAAUGUCGUUGCCGUUUACACAACCGGACGAUUUACAAUCGGUCAAUAUAAUGAUGCAGUGAUAAAAUGUCGACAUGCCAGCGAUAUAAUUUUUAAGUUUUACAGAGAAAUAAUCCAAAAAUUUGCAACUCAUGCGACGAAUACAAAAAUCGAUUCAGAAAAUCCUAUUAUAUGUCAAGCCUGAACGUUGAAUAAUAAUUUAAAUUGACCUUUUUGGAGGAAAACCA